AUGACUUCAGGUCUACAGCGUAGUGCAACCGUAUCUGAGGCACUGGUUAAUGGAUCAUGGUGGUUGUCUACGUCGAGAAGCCGGAACCGUAUCAUAACUUUGCUCAAGGAAAGCCUACCAGAUCCAUUACCGAUAUCACAGUCUGAGGAAGAGGAUGAGUACAAGUGGAAAAUUGGGGCCAACACGCCAAAGCCAUCGUUCUCCUCUGCUGAUACUUGGGAGCAUCUGUAUAAUACCCACCCUGAAGUUGAUUGGCAUCAAUCGGUCUGGUUUAAGGGUGCAAUACAGAAGCACACAUUUAUUACUUGGCUGACGAAGCUUAACCGCCUUUCCACGAAGGAACGGAUGCACUAUUGGAACCCUCAGGUCUGGUCUUUCUUCUUAUCUAGGCUUCAUCUAGUUCCUCCAAACUUACUGGAUGAUGCUAUAGGAUGGUUGAAAGCACCUACCAGAAACAAGAAUGUAAACCUCAUAGCCAAACUCGCCUUUCAAGCUACCCUAUAUGGUAUAUGGAAAGAGAGGAAUACUAGAAUCCACUCCAACGUGAACCGGCCUGCCUCUUCUAUCAUCGCUGAGAUUCAGCUGGUUAUUGAAUAA